GGGCAUGAAUGCCUGGGCUGCAGUUACUCAGGAGCUUGUCUUGUAACUCCCAGAUCAUGACACCUGUUUGCUUGAGGAGGACGCUUUGAUCCUGUGGGGCUAGCUGCUUUCCUGAUGAUCAGCAAACCUCAGAAAACCCAGAACUUCAGAUCUGGGUGUCCGGUCAGCUGUGAGUCCACGUGCAAGGGGAUCCAGACUACUGGAGCAGCCAUCUGAGAACCUGCUCUCUGGGGCAAUCGGGCUCCGAAACAGGAUCUAGACCAUUCAGCUCUUCAAACCCCAGACCCCAGACCCCACCUGAGGACGUGAGCCACUGAUGGGCUGGGACGGGGCCAAGUUCAAGCACUUGGGACUGUGGGUCCCUGUGCUGGCUGUCCUUCUGCUAGGAACCUGCCAGGCGCAUCCCAUUCCGGACUCCAGCCCCCUCCUCCAGUUUGGGGGCCAAGUUCGCCAGCGGUACCUCUACACGGAUGAUGCCCAGGAGACAGAGGCCCACCUGGAGAUCAGGGCUGAUGGCACAGUGGUGGGGGCGGCCCGCCAGAGCCCUGAAAGUCUCUUGGAGCUGAAAGCCCUGAAACCAGGCGUCAUUCAGAUCUUGGGAGUUAAAACAUCCAGGUUUCUGUGUCAGGACCCAGAUGGGAAGCUGUACGGAUCGCUGCACUUUGACCCCAAAGCCUGCAGCUUCCGGGAGCUGCUUCUUGAAGACGGAUACAACGUCUACCAGUCGGAGACCCUGGGCCUUCCACUCCGCCUGCCCCCCCAGCGCUCGUCCAACCGGGACCCGGCCCCGCGGGGACCUGCUCGCUUCCUGCCGCUGCCGGGCCUGCCCCCGGCGCCCCCGGAUCCUUCAAGGAUCUUGGCCCCGGAGCCUCCCGACGUGGGCUCCUCGGAUCCCCUGAGCAUGGUGGGACCCUCGUAUGGCCGAAGCCCCAGCUACAUUUCCUGAAGACGCCCGCUG